AUGGCUCUCACGCCCUAUGGCUCAAACGGCAGUACGGACCUCACAAUGGCUGUUCUUGGUUGUGGAACUAUGGGAGUUGCUAUUCUCAGUGGUAUCUUAAACUCACUGGCUGAGAUGCAAGGACCUAAGCCCCUCCAGUCCCUUCCCAGAUCAGGAGCCUCAACUCCUGGCGAUGAGGUGCCUGAACGACUACCCUCACGCUUCGUUGCCAGCGUUGCUACUGCUGCGGGCGCCAAGCGUGUCAAGGGCGCUCUUUGGGAGCAUUCCUCCAUUCUCAAGGUUGUCCAUAACGACAACAUUGGUGCCGUUCAGCAGGCUGAGGUUGUUCUGCUAACUUGCAAGCCAUGGAUGGUUAAAGAGAUCCUUAGCGAGCCUGGCAUUUCAAAAGCCCUGCACGGCAAACUUCUCAUCAGCGUUUGUGCUGGUAUCACAGUGGAGGACAUUGAAAUCGCUCUCCACGGUGCUGUCCCCUCCAAGGAUCCAGAGGAGGAUGGUCGAUGCCGCAUUGUCCGGGCCAUGUGCAACACAGCUGCCGUGAUCCGUGAGUCGAUGACCGUUAUCGCUUCUCCUAGUUCUCCCCUCGACCAUGCCACCGAGAGCCUCGUUACCUGGAUCUUCAGGCGCAUUGGUGAUGUUGUCUACCUUCCUACACGACAUAUGGAUGCCUCGACAGCUCUGUGUGCUUCAGGUCCCGCUUUCUUCGCUCUGGUGCUGGAAGCUGCCAUCGAUGGCGCUGUUGCUAUGGGCAUUCCCCGUGCCGAUGCUCAGCGCAUGGCUACUCAGUCUAUGAGGGGCACUGCUGGCCUUGUCCAAAGUGGCGAGCAUCCUGCUCUUCUCCGGGAGAAGGUUUGCACAUCCGGUGGCUGCACUAUCGGUGGCGUCUUGGUUCUUGAGGAGGGUAGAGUCCGUGGCUCCGUCUCGAGAGCUGUACGUGAGGCCGCUGUUGUGGCCGGUCAGAUUGGAAAGGGGGUUGACGGUGUAAAUGGCACCAGAUUUCCUGGUGCACGUUAUGAAUGA